AUGACAUUGUCGACAAAAAUCCUACCGGUCUCUGUGUCUCUGAUCACGUUCGAGGGGAAUGUACCCAAAAUUGUUGAUGAGGUAACCAAGUCCAAUCUAGAUAUUGCAGCUGAUGAAGUGAAGAAGCCUGGACAUGUGGUGGCGUUUCCUACUGAGACCGUCUAUGGACUAGGUGGAUCUGCUCUUUGCGAUGAAAGUGUCCGUGCCAUCUACGCUGCAAAGAACCGUCCCGCCGAUAACCCCCUCAUAGUGCAUGUAUCAAGCCAUGAACAGAUUGAGAGGAUUCUUCUUCCCCAGCUGCACAAAAUCCCAGCUAUCUACGAAAAACUCAUUCAGAAGUUCUGGCCCGGGCCCUUGACGAUUCUCUUGCCCGUGGAAGAAGGUUCUCCUGUGCUGAAAUUGACCACUGCCGGCCAGAACACUGUGGGAGUGAGAAUGCCGUUGCACCCAGUUGCAAGAGCACUUAUUGCACAAAGUGAUACCCCAUUGGCUGCUCCUUCGGCCAAUGCAUCCACAAGACCAAGUCCCACAAUUGCCAGUCAUGUAUACCACGACUUGAACGGGCGCAUUCCUUACAUUCUAGAUGGAGGUGCGUGCGAUGUGGGUGUAGAGUCUACGGUGGUGGAUGGGCUCACGAGUCCGCCUAUGUUGCUUCGUCCUGGAGGUGUCUCUGCAGAGGAUAUCAGAAAAUACGGAGGGGGCGAGUGGGAGAACUUGGUGAUGGCGAAGAUGACCGCUGACAAGUCUGAGGCGGUGAGAACCCCAGGCAUGAAGUAUAGACAUUAUCUGCCCACAGCAAAAGUGGUGCUUUUUUCUGGAUGCAAGGACGGAAACAUUGCAGUGAAGCGGUGGAUGCAGAAGCUGCCAGAAAGAGAUCCCAGUAAGAUUGCAUUGCUCCGAGGAGCGCUGUUCAGCAGUGCAGCCGAGUUGAACCUUGAAGGAGCUAUAGAAAGGCAUUUGGGCAAAAAUGCUACGGAAAUGGCCCACAACUUGUUCAAAAUGUUGCGAGAGGUGGACGAGUUGGGCGUGCUGUUGAUACUUGUUGAGGGAGUUGAGGAGACUGGAGAUGGGCUUGCUGUAAUGAACCGGUUGGCCAAGGCAGCGUUUGAAGUAGUCCAUGCAACGGAUGAGAAUUGA